GAAACCACCAAGAAAGGGCGCUGGAAGAGAUCAUCGACUACAAUUUUGCUGCACACAUCCAUUCUGCGUCAUCUGCCGUUUUCACUCCGCGCCGCUUUCCCACAAUACGGCAAUCUCUCUGUGUUGAGCAGCAGCGCCGCUGAACCAAAUUGGCCAACACGGUACGGAGAUGUCGGCGCGACUCUCCGUCGCCCCCGCGGCGGCGGCGCAGCUCAUGCGCCGGGUCUUGCACCCCGCCCUCGCUACCGUCUCCGCCACCGCACAGGCAGCUGCGUCAUCUACGGCUUCACCUUGUGUCGUUGGCACGACGGCACGUGCCUUUCACGGACCCAACGGCGCGCUGCGUACCUCGGCGCACUGCUGUGCCGCCGCAACAAGGAGGAGCAAUAAUAGUAAGAAGAAAACGACGGCCACCACGGCGAAAGCACGCACACCGCGGCGCCGAGCAUCGGCGGCUGGGGCGGCGGCGGCACCUCCUCCGCCGCAGCUUUCGUCACCCGUGCCGCUGGAGGACGCCACAGCGGCACCGCACUCGACCGGAGGAAGAACGACGGACGAGGAAGCAAAUGUGGUGGCAACACCGCCUCUCGACACAGCUAUAAAAGAGCAGCGGCGGGUGCUGCAACUGCGCGACGCGGUGCGGGAGUGGUCCGCGCUGCGCCAGCGCUGUCGAUGGCAGCGUCAACACACCCUCUCAGCGAGUGCAUCAAGCAGGGCCAGCGGGACAGUCGGGGCGUCGGCAGCAGCCGCAGCAGCAACAACAUCUGAGUCUUCGUCGUUAGCAUCGGCCCCCGCGCUGCCUUCCCGAGCCACAUCCCCCUCACUCCAUGGGUCCAGACCGCUUGAAACGGGCAGCAGCAGCAGCAACAACAGUGCUAACGCAGAGGUCCACAUGGAAGAGCGUGCGGUUCUCAUGUCCACCGUAGCGAAGGAGGCCAAGACGUACCCGCAGCUUUCCGCCCUCUUUUAUCCGCACGGUCACAGCAGCGCCACACGCAGCACCGUGGUCGACGACACACCACCUGGAGCGGCAGCCGCAGCAGCACCGUUGGAGCGUGCGGUGUGGGAGGUGUCAGACGUGAGCUCGCUGAUGGGUGCGGAAGCGGACACGGUGGCGCUGCUGACGCUGCUGCGCGUGCACUUCCACGUGGCGCAGCAGUCGGAGGAAGGUGCUCGUCUGCACAACGUGCUGUGGGACGCCUUCGUACGGGGUCUGCAGCAGCGAAUAUCACGCGAGGCAACGGCAGCAACGGCGAGGACCGCCGUCGCGCAGGUGCUGCACGUGCUGGUGGCUGUCUAUCGGGAUCAGCUCGCACUGGGCGUGACAACCGUGGGGCCCUUGCAUGACAGCACGAAGGCGAAGAAGGGCAACCCGAAUGCAAAGAGGAAGACCAAUCUUCGGAAAGUAAUGCAGCAGCGGAAGCAGACAGAGGAGGCGGCGGCUGUACACGCACGGGUGGCGCGUGUGCUGGAGGCACUGGUCAGCCCUCUUUACGAGCUCGACCAGCUCAUCUCAGCAGAAAGCGGCUCCGCUGCCGCGUCUGUGUCGACGAACGAUGUCUCACGUGAGGCGGAGUACGGCGCAGCAUCGACGCUGGUGAUGCUGGCGGCUCUGAGCGCCGUCGCCGAGGAAGCUGCGGCGCUGCUCAGCCGCUCCUCUUCCCCACAAGACGCGCCACACAUGCAUUCCUUCUUGAACUCGACGCGGCCGAAGUGGCGCAAGUGGCGUGACGCGUCCCUCAGCCGUUUAUUUACGCACUUCGAAGAUCAAAGGACGAAGGGGGAGGAGAGCGCAGCGGCAGCAGCAGGCUCGUUCGUCGAUGUGCUGCGCUGCCUGCGGUGGACGGAAGAGUUAGAGGUGGUGCUGCGCGUGUCGACUCUCGGGAAGGUGGAGGCGCUGUGUCAGCGCGCUCUGCUGCAGACGUGCCGCACUGCCGCUGCCGCUGCCGCCAACAACAGCAAUAGCAGUAGUGGUCACCUCUUCGAGUACCUCUGCACGCCGUCCGUGGCGGCCGAGUUGAACCGCCUGUCGCCUGACCGCGUCACCUACGCACAGGCCUUCACCGAUCUUUGCACCGUAGCCGCCGCCUACCUGCAGCAGCGACCCGAUCGCAUCUCCAGCUUAGUCAACACGCAGGAAAGCGAGCACCACACCGCGGCGGCGCGUAUCGGGCUGAAUCGCCAGCUGCCACCGCGGCCGCCGCUGCGCUGUCCGGUGGUGCAGCUCCUCUACGCCAUGCUCUGCUCCGGCUUCGCGGCUGCCUCGCUGCUCACCAGCGAGCUCUGCCUCUCCCUGUCUCCGCGCGACACCGCCGACGUCGUGCGAGCUGCCGACUUGUUCUCCCUCUCGUGCGGGACGGCGCCGCUGCCGGUGCGGACGCGCGGGGUGCUGGUCGACCAAGUCGUAGGCCUCUUGACGCAGUGUCGGAAGGACGGUCACCGCGUCGUCGUCAGCUCGACGGACGCGGCGGACGGCGACGGGGGGUCGAACGCUUCUCUCGCUGCAAGGCGGCGGGACGGGGCGGCGGCGAGCAGUGGGGGCGCGCCCGGCGCCGGUGGGGCUUUCAGUUCUGGUGCCGUGCCCAGCAGCACCUCGGCGGCCCGCCGCAGCGGACGUGGUAGGGGCCGAGGAAGCCGCUCUUCCUCCACGACGAGCAACAGCUGGAAUGCGCAGAUAAGCGGGGCUUCGGACGAGAACGCCGUUGCAGCGGCGGCGAUGACGUCGUCGCCUUCACACAUGCCUAGCGCCGCGACCGUCGCCGCAGGGUCCGUGCUGACUCCCGCCGUCUACCGCACGCACGUGAAUUACGCCCUCUACGUCUCCGUCGAAGCCAUCGUGGAGUGCGUCGUGCGCGGCGACGUGAGCGCGGUGGAGGCGAUCGCCCACGCGCUGCUGCCGCUGCUGCAGCAGGAAGGCCGCGAGGCCGCACUAACGGAGGGUCUGGAGUGCAUCUGGGCAACGCUGAGGGAUCGGCUUACCGAGCUGGGCAGCAACGACCUGGCGACGGCCGCCUCUUACCCGGCAGCGACUGCCAAAACCGCAGGCGUGACUUCGCCCUCUCACCAGCAGACGACACCCGCCAUGGAGGAAGCCCUUGCGCUGCUCUCCACGCUUUUUCUCGCACACAUGACGGAGUCGGCGAUGCGGAUGUUGACUGGCGCCAGUCUCGCCUCCGCCUCCGCGGCCGCCAACACUGGACUGCGCGAUGGGGCUUUUGCGGGGGGUGGCGGUGCACGCGUUGCGCCGCUAGACCACCGCACCGCCGCACCGCUGCGCAGCCAAACGCUGAUCGACAUGGCACUGCGACUGACCACCGUGGCAGUUCUGUGCGGCGUGCCGGCUGGCACCGUCGCGCAGCUGACGACGCUGCACAACACCUUGUUGAAGUCGCAGGGGCGAGCGGCCGAGAUGGCCGCCUCCUAUGGGAAGACGGCAGCAGACGCAUCGGGAGGAUCGGCAUCGAGUGUUGCCGCGCCGGUCGGUGAGGCCUUCGCGGUGGUGGAGCGACUGGAGCGACUGCUGACGGACCUCACCCGGCAGGCGCUGCCGUGGACUCGACACCCGUCCUCCACGCACGUCCGCAGCAGCGGGGCGGCGGUGCAGCAGGUGCUGGGCGUCUACAUCGCCUCCACGGCUGCCGUGGUGCGGGGGGUGACCCAAUCUGUCACCGCUGCCAACAUCGAGACCGGCGACCACGGCGCAUCUCCCCCACACGUGAACGUCUCUGCGCCGUACCGGCAUUACCUUCUGACGGUGGUACACCUCCUCUACCGGCUGUCGACCGAGUUCCCCGUGGAAACGGAGCCGGCGACGCUUCGGCAGUUCCGCAUCGACGUGCUCGACCCGGCCCUCACCGCCGCCCUCCUCGCCGCCCCAACCACCGCGGCAGCAGGGAAGAAGAAGAACCGCAGGAGCGCGACGAGCGAUGACGAAAGGAGUAGGGGCACCCCGGAGCCGGUGCUGCAGAUGCCGCUGACCACGCUGACGGAGGUCAUCGUCGUCAUGUGCGUGCCGGAGAGCGUGCAGCACGUGUCUUCGUCGUUGAUGUGCGGUGUUGUGACGGCGGUGGAGCAGCACUUAAAGGCGCGGAAGCAGCGGCAGCAGGAGCAACUCCAAGAACACGCAGCGGGCACAGACAGCCCGCACGUCGUGGAUACCGUUUCGGGGGUUCUGGCGAUGCAGCUGCUCAGCUCCGCCGCGGCGGUGUGCCUGCGCGCGGACGACACCCUCACGGCGAUGUUGCUGCAGCUGCUGGACCAGCUAAGUCCGCUGCUGUCGCUGUGGCAGGCAACGACGGUGCUGGAGCGGCUCCACGCGACGGGAGCACCGCUGUUUGCGCCGGCGGUGCGUGUGCUGAUCGAACGGCUCGUGACGGCUCUCCACGACAACACCGACGGAAGCGCAACCCCGCCGUCGCAGCUGCCCAGCCACGACAAGGAGAAGCCCACGAAGAAAGAGCGCAUCAGCGCCGGUCAGCAGAUACGCAUGCUGCACUCCCUCAGCGGGCUGCAGCGCACGGCGGACGUGGCGGUGGCGGAGCAGCGGUGGUCGCCGGGCGAGGACGUCGAUGUCGCGGCGCUGCUGCGGCUGCUACACGCCGUGCCGUACGCACCGCUGCUGCGCUCGCUCGUGCAGCCCUCCCUCCUGCAGCACCAUCCCUACUCCGUCGGGGAGUGCGGGUGCAUGGUGGAGGUGGUGGCCCACCUACUCCAGCGGAUGGACGUGGAGGAAGCGGAGGCGGAGGAGAACGACACGUCGACACCCCUUCGUCGCUGGACGGCAGACGAACGAGAUGCGUUGCGGCUGAUCCCGCGCACCCUGGCCAUGCAGGUGCUGCAGGCCGUGCAACUGUCCUUUCCCCGGCAAGACGUACCGCUGCUGCUGCGCGGGUACGCGGCGCUGACCAGCGAGCCGCACCUGCAGCGGCAAAUGCUCGGCGCGUUCAUCUCGCGCACCAUCCGCGCCGCGCCGGUGAUGACGCCGGUGGAGAUCGUCGAGUGUGUCGAGGCGUACUGCGUCGGCGGGGUCUUUCAUGAGCAGCUCUACGGCGUGUUGCUCGGCCGGGCCGCGGACAUGGGCCGGCGGCUCACGCUCGAGCUCUCCGUGCGGCUGCUGCGCUGUGGCACGCUGGCUGGCCACGCGAGUGUGCGCACAGUGUGCGUGACGGCCGUGCAGCCAAUCUUCUCCUCGCAGGUGCGUGGCCUGCUGCAGAGCGACCCACGCAUGCUCGUCUCGCUCGCCUCGACCGCGCUGGCGAUCCUGCACUGCCUGCGCGACUGCUUCCCGCACGACGACAUCGGCGCCGCGGUGCUGACCAACGUCGCGCGCUAUCACCACGACGCCUCCCUCUCCGUUGUGAAGGCGGCCUUGGAGCUGAUCGAGAAGCGCGGCUCGGUGGACUACGACGUCACCCACGUGCUAGCGCGGCACUGCACGGAGGCUGUGCUGCCGACCUGCACGGCGGCCGAGCUCGCCAACGUCACGUGCCUGCUGCUGGUGUGCGGCCUGCGGUCUUCGGCGCUGCUGGAGGUGGUGUACCGGCGGUUGGGCGACGUCGUAGCGGCGAUGUCCGGCGGCAGCUUAGCGAAGCUGGCGCAGGGGUUGCUGAGGGCGUCCGUCGAGGUGGACACGGCGGCGGUGCAGCUCAUGUGUGAGCGGGUGGUGGUCUUGACGACAGCAUCAACGCACCCGACUGGCGCGGCGGAAGGUGUGGGUAACGAAGGGGGAGAAGAGGCGCCGCUAAAGACGAGCGACCGCUGCCGUUCGUUAAAGACGAAGGGUCGAACGUCAAGGUCGCCGCCCCGAGCCGCGGAAGACAACGGUGGCGGCAAUUCCAUGGAAGGGACUUCGCGGAGCACUACGCCUCCUCCAGCAGCAACGGCAUCAGCCUCCGCGGCGUCACCGGCGCCCCUCACGCUGCAUCACGUCUGCGCCUUUCUGCGCCUCUCACGCAGCGUGGGACGGCGCCUCACCGUCACGGCGAUGGAGACGGUGGACGUCUUGCUGCGGUACACGCAGAACCGCAUCGCGGCAGACGUCGCCGCCAUGUCAGCAGCGGCGCAGGCAACCACACACAGCACCGAUGCAGCUGAUCUCGACGAGACGCGAUCCCUCGAGGACGAUAAAACCGCCGCCGCGGCCGCCCCUCCGCCCCUCCCGCCGCCACUGCCGGUGUUGGAGGGCGUGCACCCGCAAGAGGUGGAGGAGGUGUUGCGCGCCUGCAUUGACCUGUCCAGCACACCCAAGGUGUUCUUCCCCCUCGUGCGGAGUCUGGCGGACUACAUGGCCUUUCUGCUCCAGCAAGCAGCAGCGGAGGAUGAAUCCGCGGAAAGGCCCGCGGUGCUUGCCACAACGGUCGCUCGCAACCGAGCAGCGAAGCAGCGACGCACGCGCGGCUCGAUGCUAACGCCGUCCGGCGUGGGCGCUACUGCUGCUGCCGCGCUCGCCUGGCAGAGCGACUUAAUUCUGUUGGUGGACCUGUGUAGUCUGUUUGUCCGCCUCGGGGAGGCGGGACACCCGGUGGUGAAGACGCUGUUCUCAGUGCUCUACGAGCGUCGCGGGACGCUGCUGCAGCGCGCGCUGCUGCUGAAGACGACGAAGCAGUCGCUGGAGCUGGCGGGGCGUGCGGUGCAUCCCGAGCUAUACAAGUUGGUGGUGGACGAAGAAAUUGCGUAG